AUGGCCACAGCAUUGAACGAGGACGUCUACGCCCACCUCCUGACGUUCAUAUCUUCCCCAGCCGACCUCCUCGCAGUGGCGCUUACCAACAGUGAUCUAUUUCGCCUUGGCAUGCCAGAACUGCGCUAUCGCUCUAUCAGGACGCACUUGAGAAACAACGCGCUUUGGAGGUACCUGGCGGAGAACCCAACAUUGGCGUCGAGGGUGCGGGAGCUCGUGAUCCUAAACGAGGAUGGUCUGUUGGAUAAGAAAGAAAUGGAACGGGUUUUUAUCCCUGACUUACGGAGCGCGGUGCCUUCAGGAGGGAUAAUCGAGGACGUGGAGCAAUCUGAAAAAUUAUUGAUCCAGGCUCUACGCGUGCUCGUCAACCUUCAGAGCUUUGGUUGGCAUCGCAGGGCGCCUUUGAUCAAUGAGGGACAAGAGGUGCUGCCGUCGAAUGGAUUGCAGUCAUCUACUAGUGGCGAUGCCCCGCCUGAAGUUUACUCAGAAGAUGUUUGGACUGCGUUGAGGGACCACACUCAAGUGAAGAAACUGAUAGUCAUCAAUAUCGGGCAACGCCAGAUGAUUCCUGCAAGGACCUUGUCUGUCUUUGAUAGUUCUAUGUAUACCCUUCGAAACCUCACACAUGUAGAGUUGAAGCUGUGCUAUACACCAGUGAACGAGGCGGAAGUUGUCACCGAAGACGAUGAUUCGGACAAUUAUCCUCCUAGAAUCAAUACUGAUCGAUUGCAAGCAUUCCUGCACUCAUGUUCAGAUCUUGAGUUCCUAUCGUUGGAGAUAUUCGAUCGCUUAUACUACGUAGGCUAUGGACGGCGCCUGUUCACCGAUAUCUCCCCCAUUCUCGUAGGGAUCACAUGGCCCCGACUAACCUGCCUCCAACUUGGCGACGUCGUUGUUGAUAAACCAAUCAUUACGCGGUUUUUGAAUAGGCACCCCACACUCCGAACUAUUGCGGCGGUGCUCUCACUUUCUGUCUACGAGCGCAGACAGAACUUUGAACUGGAUAUGACAGGUUUGAAAAAGGAUGCCCUACCGAAUCUUACACAUCUCGCUGUCCACCCCGAUAUGGCCCGUCCUAUUCUGUGUGGUGUUCCGGACCACUCGACGAUUAGAGAGCUCGCGACUGUCGAGCCGCGUGAUUGGGAUGCUGAUUUUGACACGUGCCAGGGUGAACUUUCGCUGGCGAACGGAGAUGAGAACAUCAGACUGGAAAGCGCUCCCAGUCUCAGAGAGAUGAAAAAUCUAAAAUCGUUAUCCGUUUGGAACAUCACAAAAGUGGAUCAGCUCAAGGCACUAGCAAAGCUAACCCCAAACUUGGAAUCUCUAUCGAUACCUCAAGAUCUGAUCACAUCCAUUUAUGAAAACCCAACCCCCCAUACCUCCUGGCUACCCUUCCUUGCCAAUUGGCCACGCCUCACGACGAUCAAGGGGAUAUGUCUAUGGCCACAAGAUGGAGCAAAGCACCUGGAAAUAGAGCCAGAACUUUCUAAAGAGAUAUUGAAGGCAUGCCCAAACAUGAAGGAGAUCCCGUGGAUAUAUGGUGCGGUUGUGAAGUUUACGGAGGGUGGGAAGCAGCACCCAAAAUUUGUGUGUAUACUAUGGCCCAAAAACGGCCGCCAUGCCAGACUCCACUUGAAAUUUCAAUACAUCAGUAACGACGCUGAGGACUUUGGCAACUACAACGUCAUCCUCCCAGAGUUCGUCUUCGGCGUGUGCCACAUCCAACCACUCCGACAUGUUCCAUCACAUAUCGAACGACCCUACUAUGCUUUGGUGCCGCCAACUGGAGGACCCAAGGGUAACGGAAAGACCGAACUUGGAGGUGAAGAGGAGGCAAAGCUGCGAGACGCGGCGAGUUUGGCUUGA